GGAAGUAGUCGAAGGCGAGGUAGAGACGAACUUCCAUUCGCCGGUGCUCAACAUUCACUAUGCUCUAACCUACUCCUCCCAUCAUGAUCAAGGAAAAGACCAACUCAUCAGCGUGGCCAUAUGUAUGCUACAUGCAAUGCAAUGCCAUUCUUCCCGAAGACCCUCGCACUGCCGCCCCCAAGAGGCCACCCAACCCCCUCUGGCCGUGCCUAACCAGUGACCUGACCAUAGCCAGUCCUCACGAAGAGAAGAACACGAACGCCAUGCAGUCCGAAGACCGACCGAUGCCUCCCAGCUCCAGCUAUAAUACAGACCCCCACCCGCCAGCUUUCCAGCAUUGUUGCUUUUCAGCACGCAACCACACUUGAGGUUUCCGAAACCAAGACGAAAAAGAUGGAAAAAGUUGAGCAAGUCUGUUGUGUGCAUCAAGUCGCACGAUCUGAUAAAGAAGAAGAAGCGGACAAUAUUCAGCUGUUGAUCAUGCUGCUGUUGCCACCAUAGCAUUGACUGCCUUGGCGAAGGUGGGCGGGUAGAGACUGACUCUGUGGUGGAGUGGGCAAAACACCCAACAUCUGCAAGGCUUUCUCCGCAGCGUCUUCCUUGGCGUUGUUGACAUAUUGACCGUCGUACCAGAAUCGCGCCGGCACCUGCGUUCCUUGAACUGUGACGACGCAGCUCCAGGCUGUACGGCCACCUGGGAGAAUGACGUGUUAGUUUGGAGGGAAGAGGAGAGGAAAAGAAAAAGAAGAGAGAGACAGAGGAGGAGGGGAGAGGAGGAGAGAGAGGAGGGGCGAGAUGAAGAGGGAAAGGAAGACAGAGAGGGAGAGAGAGGAAGAGAGAGGAAGAGAGAGGAAGAGAGGAGAAGAGAGAGGUCAAGUCGAUAGGGCUGUGAAUGGGAUAACGAGUGCUUACCUCUGCGAUCAGAGACGAUCUGGAAGUUUGGCGUUCGAGCACCUUGCUGACGGCAGAAGCCUGUUGGAGGGGAAGACAGUUAGCAAGUAUGCUGCUGCUACGCUAGGUCGAAGCGAGAAGAAAGCCUCGUGGGGGAUGAUGAGGAUGGGAGAGAGAUGUGACGAUGAUAGACUCACUGAUCAGACGCUCCUGGUGUGGUGAGGACUGGGCACCGCCAGCAGUGCCUUGGGAAGAAGUGGUCGAAGACAUGAUGAUGCUCUCGUCCGUCGUUGCUUCGAUGAAGCGGGGAAGGGAGCUCGUAGGUUCGGUUGGUAUGGCUGUAACAGGCAACUAAAAUAUAAAAAAACAAGCAAGGUAGGUAAUCGUGUGAAGAAGAGCUAGGAGCUAGCCAGCUAAUAGCGAUGACCGUUUCGAGUUUGGAGUGAGGUAGGUAGGUAACAGCUGCACCGCCACCUAAAAACAACAAAUCAAGUCCUCGUACGAAUUGUUG